GCGCCGCCGGCACAGAUUGCGCGUUUCAUAUUUUAACACGGCGAACAGCUGUGAGACAAGAUGCACUUUAGAGCCAUUCAAAAUUAAAAUCGCCUUUGGGAAGAUUUGUUCAUCUCUUUCGUGCUAUUUGUAAACCUCGCGUUCUCGCCAAGUUGCGCGUCUCCGAAGAGCCUCGUCCGGAGCGUGUGGCGGGCGCAGGGCGCAUCUGGGAGCGCGACGAGUGGGGAGAAGUUUGGGCGGCGUUUCGUGAGACGCGCUGCUCGACCUGUUGGCGUUUAAACCCGAUAUUCGCACGUUCAGCGCGCGCGCGCUCGCGAGAGAGAGAGAGAGAGAGAGAGAGAGAGAGAGAGAGAGACGCAAAGUCUGCACUGAGCGUGCGCUUCAGAGAGAGAGAGAGAGAGAGAGAGAGAGAGAGAGAGAGAGAACGCAACACAGUUUCUUUUUUAAACACCAAACGGGCGCGGUAAUGAGGGCAUUAGGCGAGAACGCCAGCUGACAGCACAAGUUUGCACCGUUCCUGCGCCAACUUUUCACCUCCGUAAACGCGCGAAUGGAUGUGCGCUUCACUAAUGACAAGGACUUCGAGAGCUGAACCUCGUUGGCUGCCUUAAUAACUCCGAGAGCGCGGGUCUGUUCUCGCAGUCAGUCACAGAGUUCGUUCCUCUCGGAUGUUUUCCGCUCGGUGAUUUGUGUCCGGUUUAUGUUUGCUCAACGGGACUAGUGUUCGCGAACGAUGAGGCUGCUCUGCUGGAGCGUUCUGCUGUUCGGCCAAUGGAUUCUGAGAAAGGUGCACGGCUUGGAGAAACAGGUGGGCAAGUCUCUGGAUUACCUGGAGCAGGGAGCGUCCGGCACAGUCUUCAAGAGCCUCCCGUACGGCGUCCCGGCUCCGUCAGGCGGCGUUAAACCUCCCUACCAGACCUCCAGGAUCUUCUCCACGCUGGACCACACGCCGCCGAAGCCCAAAGCGCCCGGCUUCAGCUUCCAGAACCCCUACGAAUGGGCCCGGAACCAGUCUCAGCUCCUGGACCAGACGGGCUACCGGCCCAAACGCAAGCCCUCGCUCAAGACCUCCAUGAAGACCAAGAAGAUCUUCGGCUGGGGAGACUUCUACUUCAACGUCAAGACGCUCAAGUUCAGUCUCCUGGUGACGGGGAAGAUCGUGGACCACGUCAACGGCACAUUCACCGUCUACUUCCGGCACAACUCCUCCAGUCUGGGCAACGUCUCGGUGAGCAUCGUCCCUCCGUCCAAGAUCGUGGAGUUCGAGGUUCUCCAGAACCCGCUUCAGCCGGAGAUCCAGAUCCACCAGCCGCAUCAGUCCACCCUCGAGCCCAAAGACGUCAAAACCUUCAACUGUCGCGUCGAAUACGAGAAGACGGACCGCUCCAAGAAGCCCAAGCCCUGCCUCUACGAUCCGUCCCAGACCUGCUUCACCGAGAACACCCAGUCGCAUUCGUCCUGGCUCUGCGCCAAACCCUUCAAAGUCAUCUGCAUCUUCAUCUCCUUCUUCAGCAUCGACUACAAGCUGGUGCAGAAGGUCUGUCCGGACUACAACUUUCAGAGCGAGCAUCCAUACUUCGGAUGAGGAGCCGCUUUCCACCUGCGUUUGAUGUGUGUGCGUGACCCCGCUCUUCAAAAUAAAGGUGCUCGAGGCCACAAAAGAAACUGUUCCCUUGAAGGACCUUCAACGUCCGAUUCACGAAGGCUCUGCUGAUUAUAAAGAGAUGGUUCUUUGUCUGAGUGCGUCUUCGUGGAACCAAAAGUAGUUCUUCCGUGGCAUCGCUGUGAGGAAGACUUCCAGCACCUUUAUCUUUAAGAGUGUAUCUGGAGCACAAAACCAGUCAUGAGUGUGUACUCGGAAAAAACGAAAGUAGCCCCAAAUCGAAAAAUAGAAAUGGUAUUUACGACUUUUUAUCCCACAAAUGGGAUUUUUUUCCUCGUAGUUGCAAGUUAUAUCUUGAAUUGUGCAAAUAUGACUUUUUGCAGUUCUGAGAAAUAAACGGAGAUAUAAAGCGUCGUAUAAACUCACAAUUAAUAUAUAAAGUCGGCGCUUGGCAGUCGCAAGUUUAUAUCUCGUAAAAUUUCACAUUACAAGAUAACAAUAACCUUUUAGUCAGUGGCAGAAACGAGUUUCUGCAUUUUUACAUUUUUCUGCAUUUUAUUUUCCACAGGCGUUUACCGAUAUGUCGCUAUUAUUUUUACUCUUCAUUGCGUGAGUUAACAGGCAUGUCCGUAAAAUGAAUGCAUCGAAUUUUAUUAUUUUUCGGUUAUUUAUUGGCUGCAAACUGUUACAUUUAAAUGUAAAAAUGUUAACAUUAGUUUAUUUAAAUGUAGCUAUAAAUUAAUUGCAACCGCUUACCUUUAAAAAAAAAUUGUAAAUUGAAUUAAUAAUAAUUUUUUCCAGUGCGGAUGAGGCCGUGUGUAAUAAUAGAAAUAGACAUCAACACACUGUGUGGGUCAAAAUGAUCAAUUCUUCUUUUAUGCCAACAAUCGUUAGGAUAUUAAGUAUUUUAUUGAUUAGUAAUAUGCAUUGCAACUUUAAAGAUGAUUUUCUCGAUAUUCUUUGCUCCCUCAGUUUCCAGAAGCCAUGCAUCGGUGGAAAGAUGAUUCGUUCAGUUUGUAAAAGCGGACUCUUAGGACUGGUUUAGUGCUCCGGGGUCGGAUGUCGAGAGAACCGCCGAGUCCCUUCAGAUCUUGAUCUUGUUUUCUUUAUGCUUUGCUCUGUUUUGGUCCGUCGACUGUUAGACCGUCAGGAGCGCGUCGCUUUUCUACUGAUCCUGCGGAUGUCUUUCAGAAUGGAGACCAAAACCAGCUCAGAUCUGGUCUCUAUCGGUCUGGUCAGGGUUUGAUGAACUCCAGGCCGCUUUCAGACUUCUAGCUCGGAUGAUGACGAAAAUAAUGAAUGGAUGAAAAAAAAUUGAUUUUUGAUGUCAGUCGUGAAGCAAGGUGAUGAAGACAAGCGUUUAUUUUCUUAACUUGAACUCGUUUUGGCUUCAAAGUAUGAUUAUGAUUAACAAAAACCUGGGUAAAUUUGAGAAAAUUUGCCUUAAACUCAAAAAUAAAGGUUCAGAUUUUUUUUUUUCUUUGCAGCAGCAUUGUCUGAUUCUUCAAUUUUUUUUCAUUGUACAA